CCUCCGAGCGGAUUCCGGUCCAGUAGCUCUCAGACCUCCGGCGCCGGGGACCGGGGACCAGGACCGCCGAGGACGAGGCUGAGGCUACCGCAGACCAGUUCCGGUCCCCGUCGAGUGGGUUGCUGACCUCCGAGAGACACCGCAGGUCAAACUGGGACCAAAGCCUUAGGAGCAAGAAGUGGGGACUCUGCCUCUGCAGCCAGAAGCAGGAUUUAGCCCUUGGCGGGGGAUUGGGGAUUUCGUGGAUGGCUUCACAGACAUGCUACAAAAAGAAGCCUGGCAAGGCAGGAUUGUUUACAACCAGAGUCAAAAGGAUAUCCUCCAAAAAUGGUUUCAACACAACCCUUACCCUGAUAAACCUUCUAGAGAACAAAUGGCCAAGGAAAUUGGCAUUCCAGAGUAUAAAAUUCAGAUUUGGUUUAAAAACCACAGAUCAAAACAGAGACAGUUGGGAUCUGAAUGUUCCUUAGGAAAAGACCAAAUACAGGGACAAGACCAGCCUCAGUUUUGGAUUAAAGAAUACUUAACAAAAGAAGUCAAACAAGACCAGACAUUUGGUAGAAGAUCUCCAUCAACCAUGCUAGUUCAAGACUUUGAAAGAAGCCAAUCCCCUGAUGUUGCUACCAGGAAAAAAAUGUCCAAACAAACAAGCAUUCAAGAAUCAAGAAUUCAAAAUGGAAGAUCUCUGUACCCUGGGCAAAGCAGAAGUGAGUCCAUGAAUUCCAUGGUAGAGGACCCAAAUGGAAAAUCAGAUUUGACAAUUCAGCAGCACCAGGCUGGCUUUUCCACUCACCCAGGCAGGUCCCAUCAUUUUCCUUCCUCCAGUUCUUUCUGUCAGAACCAAACAUUGCUAGUUGAUCAUCUCCCAUCCCAUGUAUCUGCUGCCCCUUAUGUAAUCCAAAGACCAAGUGUUAUAGUGGUACAGCCCACACAGGCUAUGAAAGGAAAUGAGAACUCUUCCUCUACUCUGACACUUAGGAAUUCUGUGCCAAGGUCACAAACUCUGGGAGAGAACUUCUCAGACACUCAAACUGAUUACCAUCCCCCAAACCAAGAAAAAUGUGAGAAUCACAAAGAACAGAUUAGUACCAGAAAACUUCAGUUGAAGGAAUAUUCUCAGCCUCUUCCUGAACACAAAAAACACCAGUCACAGGAUCUAGACAUAUCUUAUAUUAUGCAAUGGUGGGAUGAGGGUUGCCAGGCUCUGAUUGCAGAAUGGGAUCCUCAAGAAGGAACAGAUUAAGACACGCUUGUGGUCAUCGCACAAUCAGCUGGGAAAAACAUCUCAUCCCUUCAGCUCACACCAGCAACAGAGAGAAACCGUAAGCCUUUAAGUCAAUUCCUAACAUCAACAGGUUUUUUUUCUUAAAAGAUACUACCUUUUUCUGAUCGGGUGGUAGUGCAGCAGGUUAAGCACAGGUGGCGCAAAG